AUUAUAUGAUGUGAUUCGUGGGCGAAAAAAGAGAGAGAGAGAGGAAGGGCAAAGGGGGAAAUGGCCAUGAUCAGAAUGAACGCUAAACCCUGCAGCCUGCAAUCGCAAAACCCUUUCCGGUCGGCGGUGGUAACUGAUUGAUCCAUCAUCAUCUCUUUCCUUAAUUCAUUCAUCGAUGUUAGCUGCUACUCGAAGACUCUGUUUCAGUAGGGUUUCCACUCUCCUCCUAUCCAAUCGCUACAACAAUGUCAUAUCAUUAACUGAUUUUCAUUCAGAGGUUGCUUCAUGCAAUGUGGCUCAUAGAAGUAUUCAUGGUGAAUAUAUACUGCCUUCGACAUCUAAGGUUGUUGGUCCUUUCAAUGGGUCGUUCCGUUGUAUGUCAACAUCGAAGGGAAGGAGUAUGCGAAGUAAGGUGGAGAGAAGAAUGAGGAAGGAGUCUGGUAAAACCUUAAGGGAGAUCCGAAGAGCUAAGAAAAUAAAGAAAAAGUUGAUGACAGAGGAAGAACGCCUCCUUUACAACCUCAAAAGAGCCAAGAAGAAAGUAGCAUUACUUUUGCAACAACUCAAGAAGUAUGAGCUACCAGAGUUGCCACCCCCUCGUCAUGACCCUGAGCUCUUGACCCCUGAACAGCUUCAAGCUUAUAAAAAAAUAGGCUUUAGAAAUAAAAAUUACGUCCCCGUUGGAGUUCGUGGAGUGUUUGGAGGAGUGGUCCAGAAUAUGCAUCUCCACUGGAAGUUUCAUGAGACGGUACAAGUGUGUUGUGAUAAUUUCCCCAAAGAAAAAAUCAAGGAAAUGGCAAGCAUGCUUGCAAGACUUAGCGGUGGAAUUGUAGUGAAUAUACAUGAUGUAAAAACAAUCAUCAUGUUUCGUGGAAGAAACUAUCGUCAACCUAAAAAUUUGAUACCGAUCAACACGCUUACUAAGAGAAAGGCAUUAUUCAAGGCCAGAUUUGAACAAGCUCUCGACUCUCAGAAGCUAAACAUAAAGAAGAUAGAGCAAGAGCUUAGGCGUAAGGGUAUAAACCCGGAGGAUCCAGUUGCUAUGGCCAGCAUACAGAGAGUAGCUUCAACAUUUUUUAACGCCAUUGACAAAAAAGAAGGUACCCCAUAUGUCUUCUACGGUGAUAAGCAGACAGUAACAGAGACCAAGACCAAGACUAAGACUAACAUGGAAGAAGUGGAAUCUAAUAGUGACAGUGACCAGGAAGAGUUAGACCGAUUCAUAGCUGAGAUCGAGGACGCAGCAGACCGAGAUUGGGUUGCUGAGGAAGCGGCAGAGAAAGAAGAGCUUAGCCAAAUUAGGUAUAGGAAUAGAGAAGAACAUGGUGGGAGAUUCAGAAAAUCUGAUAUGCGUACAAAUAACAAUUCCGACGACGAGAUGGAUAAGCCAAGAGUUUGGAGGCAGAGAGAUAGUAAGCAAAGAAUGUACGAUAGUGAAGAGGAAGAUGGUGAUCAUGAAAACAAGGAGGAAUGGGAUUCUGAUGAUGACCAGAAUGCUAAUAAUAGUUAUACGGAUGAUUCUGAUGGAGCUCAUGGGAUCGGCAAGGUGACUCAAAGAACUGGAGGGAGGCAUGAUUUGGCCAAAAAUAAAAGUUUUGAGAGAAAUGUUGAGCCCUUUGUAAGAAAAAGGAUGGAUAAAGAAGCUUCUGAGCCUGAAAACAUGCUCAGUGAUCUUGAAAGUGCUAUGUGGCAAUCAGAUGAGGAGGAAGAAGAUGACAUGAAUGUUUCAAGGUACAUGAAUCAUGAUUACAAGCACAAUGACAACGAUUUGCAUCACAUCAAGAAAGAUCGGAACAGUAGGGUCAAUGACUAUGACAGUAGCUUCGACAAACUUGAUGAUGCAUAUGAUAGGUUUAAACAUGCAGAUACUAAACAAAAGCAGGAUAGAAUGAGCAAAUCCAAAAAUAGUUGCAACUUUGUCUCAAAAAAUGCUGAUUCAGGAAAAGCAAUGUGGGAUUCAGAUGAUGAAGACGAAUCAGGGACAUCGAGACCCCAGAGAUACGAUUAUCAGAGUGGUAGUGAGGAAGACAAAAGGAGAUAAAUAAACAGUCAACUAUGCAAUUUACGGGAAAGAAGCAAUGGCUGAAAACUUGGUGCAACAAUCAUCUUCAGUUGCUUCAAUGCACUAUCUGAUUGUUUGUGAGAGGAUAGGCAGGGAGAGAGGCCAAUUUUUGGUAAGUUUGCUGACAGGUACCCCAUAAAACAAACUAUUCAUCUGUACCUUAAUUAUAAUUCAUUUAUAUUUACCGCGUUUGUUUAUCACUGUUCAGUUUAAACAUGUUUGUUUUUUAUGAUUU